AUGGCUCCCACCAACAACAACCAGGACUUCCAGCUGAGUGAAGUGUUCAAUGUCAAGAAUGAGGUUGCCCUCGUCACAGGCGGUGGCUCGGGAAUCGGCUUGAUGGCCACCCAGGCUCUCGCCGUGAACGGGGCCAAGGUCUACAUCGUCGGCCGCACCAAGGAGAAGCUCGACAAGGUCGUCGAGGUGUAUGGCCAAGACAUUCCCGGCGAGAUAAUCCCGCUCGUAGGCGACGUGACGGACAAGGAAGGCGUGGAGAAGCUCGUUAAGGAGAUCGAGUCGCGCGAGAAGUGCCUCUGCAUCCUGAUCAACAAUGCCGGUAUCGCUUCCCCAAAGACGACAGUAGACGGGGAGAAUGCGGAAGAGCUGAAGAAGAACCUGUUCGAGCCUACUACCGUCAAAGAAUGGACGGACAUCUACGCCACCAACGUCGUCGGUCCCUACCUCAUGGCGACGGCCUUCUUGCCGCUGCUGCAACGGGCGACGGAGCACCAGCACGGCUUCUCGGGCACCAUCAUCAACAUCACAUCCAUCAGCGGCAUGGUCAAGAUCUCGCAGGGCCACUUCUCGUACAACGCCAGCAAGGGAGCCUUCAUCCACCUCAACAAGAUGCUCGCCUCGGAAAUCGCCAAGGCCGGCUUGAAGAUCCGCAUCAACAGCAUCGCGCCCGGCGUCUUCCCGAGCGAGAUGACGACGCAGGAGAGCGGCGAUGACCAGAAGAGCUGGAUGCCCAAGGAUGCGAAGGGCGGCUUGCCCGCGCAGCGGCCCGGCAACGAUAGGGAUAUGGCCAGCGCCAUCCUGUUCGCUGCGACCAACCAGUACCUCAACGGCCAGAACUUUGCGGUCGAUGGUGGCUACGUCACGCAGGUCGGACAGUAG